AGUGAGACCGCACAGCAUCCACCAGAUCCAAAUCUACCGCCGCCUUUCUCUCCGUUCAACGCCACCACUGCCGCCACUGAUCUCUCUUUCCACUCCACAACCUCCUCCUCCUCCUCCUUCCGCUUCCGCUUCCGCUUCCGCUUCCGCGAUGCAGAACAAUAGUGCUUCAUCGUUGCUUCUGAGCCGGAACGGGAGCUUCCGGGUCGAGACGCUGGGCCAGACCGCUCUCCACAUUGUCGGCAAUCUCUGCUUUGCAGCAUUUGUCUUCUUCGUCCUUGCAUUCACCAUAAUUGCAGCCACCUACCGCCCCGACGACCCCCUCCUCCUUCCCUCUUCCCCCUCCGCCUCCUCCUCCUCCUCCAAGCUUACAGCCUUUCUCACCUCCUCCACCAACGCCACCUUUCGUCCCGACGACGCCCCUCUCCGAACAGGAGAGGACUUCCUCAACUCCUCCGCCACUUCCUCCUCUACCUCAUCUUCCUACGAUGACGCCGUCAUCAUCCACCUGUCCGAUCUCCCUGACUCCAACGCUUCCUCCUCCGACGCCGACUGCGACGAUUCCGGCCCUAUCAACUGCGCCAACCCAGAGGUCUUCCACCUCAUGAUGCGCGCCACCAUCGAGUCCUUCCGCGACGUCCAUUUCUACCGCUUUGGCAAACCUGUCAACGGUGGCGAUGCUGACGGUUCCUGCGACAUGGCCUGGCGGUUCCGCCCCAAGGACGCUAAGCGCGUGGGCUUCUAUAAGGACUACCGCCGCUUUCUGGUCGUCCGCUCCCCCAGCUGCACCUACUCCGUGGUCAAGAUCGGCGAGUACCACACCGGCACCAACGCCCGGAAGAAGAAGAGGCUGCCCAAGGGAGGCUCCGAUGGCGCAGGCGAGUUCGUGCGCAAGGGCAAAGGGGGCAAAGCUUCCUCCGGUUUGGACCCCCUCGUUGUCCCAGUGGUAGGCGACGCCGUCAACGACGCUCUCCCAGUCAUCGAAUCCGAGAGCAAGUUCAGCAGCGGCAAGUACCUAAUCUACUCCGGCGGCGGCGAUCGGUGCAAGAACAUGAAUCAUUACUUGUGGAGCUUCCUCUGUGCCCUCGGCGAAGCCCAGUACUUGAACCGGACCCUGGUGAUGGACCUUACCAUAUGCCUCUCCUCCAAGUACUCCUCCACGAAUCAGGACGAGGAGGGUAAGGACUUCAGGUUCUACUUCGACUUCGAGCACUUGAGGGACUCCGCCUCCGUCCUCGACCAGCGCCAGUUCUGGAACGACUGGGGCAUGUGGCAGAAGAAGGACAAGCUCACGCUCCACCUCGUGGAGGACUUCCGAAUCACACCGAUGAAGCUGGAGAAGCUGAAGGACCACCUAAUCAUGCGCAAGUUUGGGGCCGUCGAGCCGGACAACUACUGGUACAGGGUAUGCGAGGGGGAGACAGAGGCGGUGAUCCAGCGACCAUGGCACCUGAUCUGGAAAUCCCGCCGUCUAAUGGACAUCGUCUCCGGCAUCGCUUCCAAGCUGAAAUGGGAUUUUGAUGCCGUCCACGUAGUCAGAGGGGAGAAGGCGCGGAACACGCAGCUGUGGCCGAAUUUGGCAACGGACACCUCGCCGGAGUCCCUUCUGUCGACUCUGGAGCAACAGAUUGUGGAGGGCCGGCAGCUGUACAUCGCCACCGAUGAGCCUGACGGUUCUUUCUUUGACCCGCUGAAGGAGAAGUACAACACUCACUUUCUUGAGGAUUUCAAGGAGUUGUGGGGGGAAAGCAGCGAGUGGUACGAGGAGACGAAGAAGUUGAACAAUGGGAUUCCGGUGGAGUUCGAUGGGUACAUGAGGGGGGAGGCGGACACAGAAGUGUUCCUGAGGGGGAAGAAGCAACUGGAGACCUUCAACGAUCUCACCAGCGACUGCAAAGACGGCAUCAACACUUGUCGCACCACUUCCUGAACCCACACUGCUCUCGAGAUAAGUCUGUGACAGGUAGAGAAAUUUGUCACCAACACACCUUGGAAGCGUGUGGAAAAUGUGAAAGAUUGAGAGACAAAUAGAUAAGAAAGCUUUCUUUUGUGUUAAGGAGCAUUUGAAGAGUAAUUUAUAAUUAAGGGCGUGAGGUGAGAUCUCUGAUACAAGGUUUGAACACUAUUAUUUUUUAUUCUUUUAUUGUGUUUCCUUUUUAUAUUUAAGGGUUGGAUUCCUUCCUAUG